CGGUGAUGCCGAGGCAGCAGCAGCAGCAGGAUUAUCAUCGGGCGAUGAUGAUGCAGGCUGCGCAGGGCGCGAGGAGUAACGGCGGAGGCGGCGGCGGUGGAGGGUUUGUGAACCCGCAGUUGACGGGUGGGUCGUACGGCGCGUCGCCGCCUGGGAGCGCGCAUAGCCGGACGUCGUUCAGUGGUGGCAACAACGGUGCGGGGCAGUCGCCGGGAUCGGUGGGCGCGGGGCAGGGGUGGCAGGGCCCGUCGAGUGCGGGUGUGGGAGGGUUCGGGUUCGGCAUUGGCGGGUCGCCGACGGUGGUUGGGUUCGAUGGUGGGGUGGGGGCGACGUCGACGCCGAACUUGGGUGGUCAGCAACCCCAGCAACAGCAGGGGUCGCCAGUCGACGCGGCAGGGAUGGAUUUCAACGAUAUCUUCAACUGGUCGUGACCCCUCCACCCGCUCCCCCUCUGUUUCCUCGUUUCCGCCCUCGAUCUGCUCUCAGCUCUUUCCCUCGCUUUCCGUUGCUUGCUCUGCGAUCCUCUCCGCCUGUCCUCGUCUCUACCUUGCUCCGCCUCGCUCUCCGCGUGGGUGUGGCCUAAAAAUGCGCCAUCUCACGUCGCCGUCGCCGCCGUCGUCGUGGGUCUCUAACGCCGUCGGUUUCUUCCUAGUUCUUUUUCCUUUCCUCGGUGUGGCAUGUCAUCUGUCUGUCUGUGUCUGGCUAUAUGCGGUCGCCUCGCACACAUAUAUAUACAUACGUAUACGCUCUCCGCUUUGUUUCUCCUUUCUCUCUCUUUCUCGCUGAUUGUGUUCCCUUCUAAAUACGGCACGCGUCGGUAGUGGCUGC